CACGGCGUCACCCGCACUACCCGAAUACGCACCGAAGAGCAGCGGCUGCAAGACCUCGAGAAGAUUGAAAAGUACCGCAGCCUCGAAAACCAGAUACGCGCCCAGGUAGCGGCUGGAACCUACGACUUGCAUCUCUUCGACCUCACUACCAAGCUCCUCCGCCAAAACCCCGAAUACUACACCAUAUGGAACGUUCGGCGCCGUUGCUUGCUAGCAUGUCGCUUAUCCGGAGCAGCGCAUAAAACAACAUCAGACGCUCAGGGCGAGACAUCAGAGACACCAGAGGCCAAGACUCAGCAGACAGACGGCGAUGUGCUCCAGACUGAAAUCGCCUUCACCAUGCCGCUGCUCAUGGAGUUCCCCAAGUGCUACUGGAUAUGGAACUUCCGGCAAUGGCUUCUUGCACAGGCCAUACAGCGACUGCCCGUCCCAGUCGCGCGCAAGAUCUGGGAGACGGAGCUGGGCCUGGUGUCCAAGAUGCUGAACAAGGACCAGCGCAACUUUCAUGCCUGGGGAUAUAGGAGGCUUGUAGUGGCCAAGCUAGAGAGCCCCGAGCUCGACGGCAAGAGUAUGGCCGAGGAUGAGUUUGCGUACACGACCAAGAUGAUUCGGCAGAGCUUAUCCAACUUUUCUGCCUGGCAUAACCGCAGCCAGCUCAUUCCAAAAGUGCUAGAACAGCGAGGCGCGGACGACAGGGCCCGAGCAGAGUUUCUCACCCAAGAGCUGGAUCUCGUGCGAGAUGCUCUAAACGUCGGCCCAGAAGACCAAAGCCUAUGGUACUAUCACCAGUUCCUGGUAUCCAACAUCGUGGGAGACGGGAAGAGGCCCAGCAUCACACCAAACUUGACCGUCGACGAAAGGGUUGCCUAUCUGAAGCAUGAAAUUGAGGAGAUCAAAGACUUGCUGGAGGACUACGACGACAUCAAGUGGAUUUACGAGGCUCUUUCAGACUACACAGUGGCCUUGCAGCGGCUACAACAGAGCAAUAGCAACAGCGGGGACCUGCAGGUCUGGCUCUCGAAGCUGCGGGCUUUGGAUCCGAUGCGCACUGGUAGAUGGAACGAUGUCCAACUGGCAGCCUGA